AUGGCCGGCUUCGAUGAUAUGGGAGUGUUUUAUUCCGAUAAUUUUAGUGCUGAUAAUAAUGAACAAGAUAAUCAGCAUGAACAAAGUCGAACGACAAUAAAAAGAAAAUUCAAAUCAUUUAUUCGUGAAUUUCACAUUAAUAAUUUGUUUAUUUACAGAGAAAUGUUACGUCGCAAUUACAAUAGCGGACGAUACUGGAUUGAAAUUGAAUUGAGACAUUUGGCUGAUUAUGAUGAUGCACUGUGUGAUAAUAUAAAAAAACAACCAGCUGAAUUAUUACCACUAUUUGAAGAAUCUGUGAAAGAAGUUGCCGAUGAAAUAACUCGCCCAAGACCAAACGAUGAUAUUGAUGUUCAAGAUAUACAAAUUAUGUUGAUGAAUGAUGCACAUCCGUUAUAUUUGCGUAAUAUUAAGUCUGAAUAUGUUUCAAAAUUAAUCAAAACCGUUGGUAUUGUUAUUGCAGCGAGUAGUAUUCGCACAAAAGCAUCUCAUAUUGCUAUACAGUGUCGUUCAUGUCGUAAUGUAAUAUCAAAUAUCAAAGUAAAACCAGGCUUAGAAGGCUACGCAAUGCCCAGAAAAUGCAAUACAAAUCAGCCUGGUCAACCAAAUUGUCCAAUCGAUCCGUACUUCGUUAUGCCGGAUAAAUGUCAGUGUAUUGAUUUUCAAAUAUUAAAAUUACAGGAGGUACCAGAAAAUGUUCCGCAUGGUGAACUGCCGAAGCAUAUACAACUUUAUUGUGACAGAUAUUUGGUCGAUCGUGCUUUACCAGGCAAUAAAAUUACGUUAGUUGGAAUUUAUUGUAUCAAACGAAACAAUAUGGCCGGAAAAGGCAAAGGUCGAGAACGUUCGAAUAUUGGUACACGCCAACCAUAUGUUCGUGUGCUAGGAAUAAAAAUCGAUACAGAUGGUGCCGGUCGAUCAUCCGUUCAAUCGUUAUCAAGAGCAGAAGAAGAAGAAUUCAUCCGUUUUUCACAAUCAGGAGAUGUGUAUGAAACAAUCUCAAGUAGCAUCGCACCAUCAAUAUAUGGUGCAACAGAUUUAAAAAAAGCUGUUGCAUGUUUAUUAUUUGGUGGCUCGAGGAAACGCUUGCCUGACGGUUUAUUUCGACGUGGCGAUGUUAAUGUGCUUUUAAUUGGUGAUCCAGGAACAGCAAAAUCUCAACUUUUGAAAUUUGCUGAAAAAGUUUCACCAAUAGGUGUUUACACAUCUGGUAAAGGAUCUAGUGCGGCUGGUCUCACAGCAUCAGUGAUGCGUGAUCCAACUUCCAGAAAUUUUGUUAUAGAAGGCGGUGCAAUGGUGUUGGCUGACGGUGGUAUUGUUUGUAUUGAUGAAUUUGAUAAAAUGAGAGAAGAUGAUCGGGUUGCAAUACACGAAGCAAUGGAACAACAAACAAUCUCGAUCGCAAAAGCUGGCAUAACGACAACAUUGAAUUCAAGAUGUUCAAUAUUAGCUGCAGCAAACAGUAUUUAUGGCAGAUGGGACGAUUUAAAAGGAGAUGAUAAUCUUGAUUUUAUGCCUACAAUACUCUCACGUUUUGAUAUGAUAUUUAUUAUUAAAGAUGAACACAAUGAACAACGCGAUACAACUUUAGCUAAACACGUUCUGAAAAUACAUAUGAAUAUUCUAACAUCGGAUGAUGCAGAUGGUGAUAUGAGCGUGGCUAAAUUGAAGAAGUAUAUAGCAUAUUGUCGAAGCAAAUGUGGACCUCGUUUGUCCGAAAGUGCAUCAGAAAAGCUUCGUAAUCAAUAUGUUGUUAUGCGUAAUGGUGCAAAUAUUUACGAAAAAGAAGUUGGACACAAGACAGCGAUACCAAUUACAGUUCGACAGUUAGAAGCAUUGGUUCGUAUAGCUGAAAGUUUGGCUAAAAUGCGUUUAUCUCCAUUUGCAAAUGAGACUGAUGUUGAUGAAGCAUUGCGAUUAUUUCAUGUGUCAACGUUAUCAUCUGCUGGUAGUGGUAAUUUAGCUGGUAUAGAAGGUUUUACAACACGUGAAGAUCAAGAAGAAAUUAGUCGAAUUGAAAAACAAGUUCGUCGAAGAUUCGUCGUUGGUUCACAAGUAUCUGAACAUGCUAUUGUUCAAGAUUUUAUCAAACAAAAUUAUUCUGAACGAGGAAUUUAUAAAGUACUUCAUGCUAUGGUGAGACGAGGUGAUAUUCAAUAUCGAAUGCAACGAAAAGUUCUUAUUCGUGUACGCUAA